ACUGAAACUAAUAUAAGUACAAUUACUUUAACAGUUUUCAAUAUGAUUGGUAUUAAUUUUUUUGAAACCUAAACAAGCACUCUUGCUAUUUAGUUAUAAAUUUUAAAGAGAGAGAGUUCUGCAGAAUAAUAAUUAAAAAAAUAAGUCUAUUUAAUAAUAAAAAAUGGAAUUUCAUUACCACUAAUAACACCUAAGAUCAUUAUUUAACAAGAGUCAAAGUUGUAAAAAGUCUAGUUUUCCCUUUAACAGUAGUCCAGGUACUAUAAUAUAAUGUUUUCAAAUAGUUUUUAUAUUAUGGUUUCCUUAUUUUAUUAUUUGUUCAAAUUAUUAUAAGAUAUUACUAAAAUUAUAUAUGUGGAAAAAAGCUGUAUGGAAAAAGAUUUACAAGAAGAGGAAGUUGUAAUCCCUUUUAAUUGGGUAGAUGGUAAAACUGUUUACUGGCCACAGGGUACCAAUCCUUUGAAUGCAAUGAAGUGUCAUCAAAAUCCUGGGAAAAAUUGGCUGAAGUUUCCGCUAAUAAAACUUCAGAAAACAAAUAAUAAUGUGAAAAUUUUAAAUUCACAACAACUGAGGAAAAAAGAAAAAAUAAGGAUGUUGAUUUUCUCAAAAAAAAAAAAAAAACAUAAACAAAGAGAAUAUCCAGAUUAUUUUCCAAGUAGGUUGGUUAGGUUCCAAUAUCAAAGAUCUAGAUGAAGUAUCAAUGCACCUUAUGUCUAGCAGUUCACCAAACUUAUCUAGAGGUAUCAUCAAUCUUAUCUAGAGGUAUCAAAAAAAAAAUAUCUGAUAUAAAGGAUAUAUCAUAAAACAGAAACAAGGUCUGUAAUUUUUUGACGACUUCAAAGUCUUUUAGGUCGGCAGUAAGGUUGGCAUUGCCGAAUGCCGACCCUUAUCCCGAGGGUUUCACAUAUAAAUA